GAGAGGACGGUAGGCGGUGGAUGAGCGAGCUGGCGCAGCUACCCUGGUGGCGGUGGCUGAAGUGGCGGCGGCUGCGGCGGCUGCAACAGCUUCGGGCUCGGGGUUUUGGCGGCGGCGCCGGCGGGCUGGGCUGCGUGGUGCGGACCCCGGCGCGCGGUCCGGGUUGCUGGGGCGGCGCGUAAGAUGCCUCUAAUGGAGGAAUUUCUGAGCAGCACCCCUGGCCCAGUGGCUUUGAAAGGGAGCUCAAACCAGAGACUAUUUCAAGCCCUGGACAUCAUAUCCUGAGGGCCACAGGAGAAGAGAACAUGGCUGUGAGUUUGGAUGACGACGUGCCACUCAUCCUGACCUUGGACGAGGGUGGCAGUGCCCCACUGGCUCCCUCCAACGGCCUGGGCCAGGAAGAGCUACCUAGUAAAAAUGGCGGCAGCUAUGCCAUCCACGACUCGCAGGCCCUCAGUCUCAGCUCUGAGGGCGGGAAUUCCCCCUCCAGCCCCACACACAACUGGGAGAUGAAUUACCAAGAGGCAGCAAUCUACCUCCAGGAAGGCGAGAACAAUGACAAGUUCUUCACCCACCCCAAGGAUGCCAAGGCGCUGGCGGCCUACCUCUUUGCACACAAUCACCUCUUCUACCUGAUGGAGCUGGCCACGGCCCUGCUGCUGCUGCUGCUCUCCCUGUGCGAGGCCCCCGCCGUCCCCGCGCUCCGGCUCGGCAUCUACGUCCACGCCACCCUGGAGCUAUUCGCCCUGAUGGUGGUAGUGUUUGAACUCUGCAUGAAGUUACGCUGGCUGGGCCUCCACACCUUCAUCCGGCACAAGCGGACCAUGGUCAAGACCUCGGUGCUGGUGGUGCAGUUUAUCGAGGCCAUCGUGGUGUUGGUACGGCAGAUGUCCCAUGUGCGGGUGACCCGAGCACUGCGCUGCAUUUUCCUGGUGGACUGUCGGUAUUGCGGUGGCGUCCGGCGCAACCUGCGGCAGAUCUUCCAGUCCCUGCCACCCUUCAUGGACAUCCUCCUGCUGCUGCUGUUCUUCAUGAUCAUCUUCGCCAUCCUCGGUUUCUACUUGUUCUCCCCUAACCCUUCAGAUCCCUACUUCAGCAGCCUGGAGAACAGCAUUGUCAGUCUGUUUGUCCUUCUAACCACAGCCAAUUUCCCAGAUGUGAUGAUGCCCUCCUACUCCCGGAACCCCUGGUCCUGUGUCUUCUUCAUUGUGUACCUCUCCAUUGAGCUGUACUUCAUCAUGAACCUGCUUCUGGCAGUGGUGUUCGACACCUUCAAUGACAUUGAGAAACGCAAGUUCAAGUCGUUGCUACUGCACAAGCGAACUGCCAUCCAGCAUGCCUACCGCCUGCUUGUCAGCCAGAGGAGGCCCGCCGGCAUCUCCUACAGGCAGUUUGAAGGCCUCAUGCGCUUCUACAAGCCCCGGAUGAGUGCCAGGGAGCGCUAUCUUACCUUCAAGGCCCUGAAUCAGAACAACACACCUCUGCUCAGCCUAAAGGACUUUUACGAUAUCUAUGAAGUUGCGGCUUUGAAGUGGAAGGCCAAGAAAAACAGAGAGCACUGGUUUGAUGAGCUUCCCAGGACGGCGCUCCUCAUCUUCAAAGGCAUUAAUAUCCUUGUGAAGUCCAAGGCCUUCCAGUAUUUCAUGUACUUGGUGGUGGCAGUCAACGGGGUCUGGAUCCUCGUGGAGACGUUUAUGCUGAAAGGUGGGAACUUCUUCUCCAAGCACGUGCCCUGGAGUUACCUCGUCUUUCUAACUAUCUAUGGGGUGGAGCUGUUCCUGAAGGUCGCCGGCCUGGGCCCUGUGGAGUACUUGUCCUCCGGAUGGAACUUGUUUGACUUCUCUGUGACAGUGUUCGCCUUCCUGGGACUGCUGGCGCUGGCCCUCAACAUGGAGCCCUUCUAUUUCAUCGUGGUCCUGCGCCCCCUCCAGCUGUUGAGGCUGUUUAAGUUGAAAGAGCGCUACCGCAACGUGCUGGACACCAUGUUCGAGCUGCUGCCCCGGAUGGCCAGCCUGGGCCUCACCCUGCUCAUCUUUUACUACUCCUUCGCCAUCGUGGGCAUGGAGUUCUUCUGCGGGAUCGUCUUCCCCAACUGCUGCAACACAAGUACAGUGGCAGACGCCUACCGCUGGCGCAACCACACCGUGGGCAACAGGACCGUGGUGGAGGAAGGCUAUUAUUAUCUCAAUAAUUUUGACAACAUCCUCAACAGCUUUGUGACCCUGUUUGAGCUCACAGUUGUCAACAACUGGUACAUCAUCAUGGAAGGCGUCACCUCUCAGACCUCCCACUGGAGCCGCCUCUACUUCAUGACCUUUUACAUUGUGACCAUGGUGGUGAUGACGAUCAUUGUCGCCUUCAUCCUCGAGGCCUUCGUCUUCCGAAUGAACUACAGCCGCAAGAACCAGGACUCAGAAGUUGAUGGUGGCAUCACCCUUGAGAAGGAAAUCUCCAAAGAAGAGCUGGUUGCUGUCCUGGAGCUCUACCGGGAGGUACGGGGGGCCUCCUCGGAUGUCACUCGGCUGCUGGAGACCCUCUCCCAGAUGGAGAGAUACCAGCAACGUUCCAUGGUGUUUCUGGGACGGCGAUCAAGGACCAAGAGCGACUUGAGCCUGAAGAUGUACCAGGAAGAGAUCCAGGAGUGGUACGAGGAGCAUGCCAGGGAGCAGGAGCAGCAGCGACAGCUCAGCAGCAGCGCAGCGCCCGCCACCCAGCAGCCCCCCAGCAGCCGCCAGCGCUCCCAGACUGUUACCUAGCCCAGUGCCCAAAAGCCAUCUCUUCUAUGCAAUAACACAAUAAUAGUAUUACUCUACUGCGAUGUACGGAACUGCAGUGUGUGUACACAUACUCACGUAUAUGCACAUAUUUAUAUACAGGAAGAAAGAAGACAGACAAGAUGGGGCUUGGUUUAUAACCACCUUGCCCUGUUUUCCUUAACUCCAGAAGCCAGUUUGGUGAGGGGUGGGGUGUGGCCAUCAGGUCUGAGCUCUUCCUACUGUGGAAGGCUCCAGAAGCCCCUUCACAAGGAAACCCCUCACCUGGAUCCAGUCGACUCUGCGGGGCUUGCCCCCGACGUGGGCUGGCCUCCGUCGGCCAUGUCCAAAGCCAUCACUGCUACUGCUUCAGGCUCACGUCCCCCCAACCUGAUGGCAUCCCCACCCCCUCUCCCUGCGGCCCAUGCCACAGGUUUCUGUGUUUUGCUUCUGGGACAGAACCACGUAGGAAGGAAAGAACUCCUGGUGUCCAGGGUGGUAUUUUCAGCUUCUGUGAUAAUGUCAUGCAACACUCUUCGGGGACCAGUGCCCGGGAUCUAAUGGGAAGUGGAAUUGGGGUGACUGUGCCCAUGUGGCCAGAACUCAGUUAGCCAGUUCUGGGCGGCCACAGACUACACUGACCAAUCUCCUCUCUUGGCUCUGCAAGCCUCCCACCCAGCCUUCUCUGGCUUAACCCUUGUUGACAAAAAUCCUUCCACAGUGGCCUCCUUGGGGACCCAGACCCUGGAGGAAGGGGCAUGAGGCAGGAGGUAGGGCUGAUGUCUGUAACCCAGACCACUUCCUGGAAUGGGCUCUUGACCAGAUCCCUUUUUUGUGAUUUACCCUUGCAAGCAAAACAUCAUUUUGGUUAAUUAAGGAUUGUGCUAAAGCUGAUACCAGGUCCUUCACACGUGUGCACUAGGAACAGGAGCCAACAGCACAGGGAGACGCUCCCUGUGGGAUGCAGCAGCCCUGUGGCCCUGGCCCAGCUCCCAGCCACGCUCCCUGGCUCUGCUCACACCAGAGAUUACAGUAGCAGGAGCUGUUGGUGCAGAAGUAGGUUCAGAUGAACCCUCAGUUAACGUCACCACCCCCCUCUCCCGCCACAGUACCCACAGAGGCAGGGUCAGUGCAGAGGUUGCUUUGGUUCCGCUUCCUGGGCCACAGAACAGAGCACAGCACAGGUUCCACAGCAGGAGCUGCAGCGGCAGCAUGGAGGGUGCGGAGGGCAAGGAGUGCGCUGCUGGGCAUUCCCGGCCGCCCCGGCCCUCUGGUGCCUGCUUUCUGUGACUUCAGAAGGAAGGUGGACAGAGGCGCCCUCUGGCCUUGUCCUUUUCCCAGCCACAGAACAGGCGAGGUGGUACCCGACCCCAGGGGAGCAGUACCUGGACCCCCAACCUCUGCUCCCAACCACCUCCAAGGCCAAGCUGGAUCCCACAGCCAACAUGGCAUGGUUCUCCCCUUCCCCUCUUCCCAGGUCAGGGGAGUUGGAGAAGUGGUGGGUGUUUGUUUUUAAAGCACAGCCCUUUGGGAAAAUCACAAAUUAUUGAGAAGCACUGUGAUUCCCCUGGGAGUCAGACUGGCUUUGUCCUCUUCCUCUCUGGAGGGCCAUGGGCCGUCACCGGGAGCUCCACACUGAGCCCCAGGCCAGAACCCCCUCUCUUUUGCAGAGAGGGAACUUUAUUGCACAAUUGGGUGCCUUUUAGCUUUUGUGUGUUGAAAUGGGCCUUUUGGAAGCAAGGGUCAGGGGACAGCUUCUAAAGGUGUGAGUCUCUGACCUGAGCAUCUGGGCCUUGCCUCAGCCCUUUCUCCCCAGGGGUGGAAACCUGGAGGGGCCAGCAGCGCCCCGGGGUCUGCCCAGGGCAGUCGAGGCCCCCAGGUGGGAAGGCCUAUUCCAGGAGGAGGGGGAUCUCAGCCCUGUUCAGAGCAAGUUAAGUGUCCGUCCGCCCAACCCUGGCCUGAGAAAGGACCCCGUUUUGGCCAGGACCCGACAAAUGCCUCAUGGCAGCAGUGUUAACAGACCAGAGGUGGGCGCCCUUCUCAUUGAGGCCAGGGACAGCUAUCUCCAGGUUAUGCCUGGCCCCACCAAGCAGGGAGUUGGGGUCCCCCCACAGGCUGUGAGCUCUGUGGGCCCCAGGAUGUGAUCUAGCUCAGACGCCCUCUCGUCCUUGAUGUCACAGUUGAGUGCACCCAAAUGACACUCACUGGCAGCCAGGGGCACAGCCUGGUGGUGGCGGCAAUAGAACUGCGCUCCUCCCCAGCUCCUCGCUUCCCCUCCCACAACCCCAGCCUUACUCCACCAUGCGGACAAUCAUUUUGUACGGAUCACGGGAGCAAUGCUGUAUGGUUUUGUACAUCGGUGAUUUGUUUCCUAGAAAACCCACUAUGUCUCUGGAUUUCUGGCAUAUUAAUAAAAGAGCCUCUGCUUUGUAAA